UUCUGCUAUAAAGCUGAGCACUUGGCCUUAUAGGAGUUUGGAACUAAGUUACAAGGUCCCAUUUUCAAUCAAGAAAAUAUGGGUCGAAUUGGGGCUACAGUGCCAAGUUUUUGCUUAAACAGGAUCAGGCCUCUUGUUCGAAUUCGUUCAAAGAACCAUUCACAUUUUUCCAAAAGUGAAGAAGAAGAAGAAGAAAAGAAUAAUUCUGGGAAUGUAGAGAAGGAGAAGUCAUGUGUUGAUGUUGUAAAUGUGAAGCCUGCAAGUGUGAUUAUUGGAAGGAAAAUAAUGAUUGUUGUUGAUUCAAGUCCUGAAGCAAAGAAUGCCAUACAAUGGGCGUUAACUCAUACCGUUCAAAGCCAAGAUUUGGUGAUUCUUCUGUAUGUAACUAAGCCUUCAAAUCCAGGUGAAGAGGCCAUCAAAGAGGUGGCUCCAAGAGUUUCCCAGUUUCUUUCUUGCAUGAAGAUUUUGUGCCAACAGAAGAGACCUGAGGUACAAAUAGAGGUGGCAGUGGCAGAAGGAAAAGAGAAAGGUCCAGCAAUCGUAGAAGAGGCUAAAAAGCAGGGGGUGGCACUUCUUGUUCUAGGGCAGAAGAAGCGUUCCACAACAUGGAGGCUUCUAAUGAUGUGGGCAGGGAAUAAGGUGGCAGCAGGUGGAGUCGUAGAGUAUUGUAUCCAAAAUGCUACUUGCAUGGCCCUUGCUGUAAGAAAGAAAAGCAAGAAACUUGGUGGAUAUUUGAUUACUACUAAGCGACAGAAAGAUUUCUGGCUUUUGGCUUGAUGCUGAUUGAAUGAGGACUUGGAUACAUAUUUCUUGAAGUUUUUCUCUUAAUGGGACAGUUGCUUUUCGCAAUA